UUAAAAAAUUCUUUCUUGUGCAUGCUUCACAUUGAAUAAAGAUGCCAUCAGCUGGUCUCUGCAACCCAAAGUCCUGCGCUUCACUUUUGUACCGUUGAAUCUGUCGGGCAGCACAUGUCCCUGGAGACCACAUAAGAUACCUGCCACACGUUGCUGCCUCCUUUGCUGUCUGCUGUAGAGAGAGAGCUCUCACAACUCCCUUCUGUGUUUACGUAGCAUGGAAAUCAGACGCUUUUUACUUGGAUUAUGCACCUUUUUCUUCAUCUACAGAUCUCUUUCAGCAGAGUCCACGUGCAAGCUGAAGGCCAAGUUCAACCUGAGUGGCUACAAAGAUGUAGAGAAGAAGAAGGUGGUUGUUGGGGUGUUUCCAGUUCACAAGCGUAUAGCUUCCACUGAUGGCAACACUUCAAGGGUGCCUGUCUCCUCGGGGUGUGAGGGAUUUAACCUCCGAACCUUCCGCUGGACACAAACAAUGCUGUUUGCCAUCAGUGAAAUCAAUGAUAGGACUGAUUUGCUGCCCGACACUGACCUGGGUUACGUCAUCUACGACUCCUGCUUCACCAUCUCCAAAGCCGUAGAGGGCACCCUGACCUACCUGACAGGCCAAGAUGAAGCCGUACCCAACUACAGAUGCGGCACUGGGGCACCUCUGGCUGCUCUAGUGGGGGCUGGGGGCUCCGAUCUCUCCAUUGCCACUGCCAGGAUACUUGGGCUUUAUCAUUUUCCACAGGUCAGUUAUUCUUCAACUUGCUCUGCGCUGCAGAGUAAGUUCCAGUUCCCCACCUUCUUAAGGACCAUUCCCAAUGACAAGCACCAGUCUACAGCUAUGGCCCAGGUGGUGCUACAUUUUGGCUGGACCUGGGUGGGCACCAUAGCUGCUGAUGAUGAUUAUGGAAAGUAUGGCAUUAAAGACUUCAAGGAGCAGGUGGAGGAAGCCGGAGUCUGCAUCUCCUUCUCUGAGACCCUGCCCAAGGUGAGCUCCCCAGAGGCCAUCCAGCGUAUCGUUCAAACUGUGGUUGAAUCCACAGCAAAGAUCAUCGUGGUCUUCUCAUCAGACGUGGACCUCAGUCCUCUCAUCGCUGAGCUGCUCCAGCACAAUGUGACCAACCGUACCUGGAUAGCCAGCGAGGCCUGGGUCACCUCGGCUCUCAUCAACCAGCCAGGGGUGAGCUCAGUCCUGGCUGGUACUUUGGGUUUUGGGGUGAAGAAGGCUGAUAUCCCUGGUCUUCAGCGCCAUCUACUGGAUCUGGACCCCUUUGCUGACUCAAUCACUGAGGAAUUCUGGGAGACGGUGUUUAACUGCACGCUGGAUUAUGGAAAAGCACUGAGGUUGGCCAAACAGAGGGCAAAGGAGGUGAACAGCACACUAUCCAGAGCAGUGAGGGGCGUACCCGACGGUCUGUGUAAUGGGAGAGAGUCUCUGGCACAACUUAAUACUACCUACUCCGACGUCUCCCAGCUACGAAUCACCUACAGCGUGUACAAAGCAGUGUAUGCUGUGGCCCACGCCUUGCACAACCUGGAGCACUGUGAACAAGGAAAGGGGCCGUUCACUGGGAACAGCUGUGCAGACAUCACUAACUUUGAGCCGUGGCAGCUGAUGUACUACCUGAAGAAUGUGCGUUUUAAAGUGCCCAACACGGAGGAGGAGAUCUACUUUGAAGACGGGGACAUAGAGGGCUUCUAUGACAUCAUUAACUGGCAGGUCAAUAGUAAUGGGGACGUAUCUUAUGUCACCGUUGGACGCUACAAUGGCUCGGCAGCCCAGCAGGACAGAAUCCACAUAAUGAAUGACUCCAUUGUGUGGAACAAUGAGGGGUUGGAGCCUCCUCGAUCAGUGUGCAGUGAGAACUGCCAGCCGGGGACCAGGAAGGGGAUCCGGCAGGGGGAGCCAGUCUGCUGCUUCGACUGCAUCCCGUGUGCUGACGGAGAGAUCAGCAACACAACCAAUGCUCGUGAAUGUAUCCUCUGCAGUGGAGAUUACUGGUCCAAUGAAGCUCAUGACGCCUGUGUACCAAAAAUCAUUGAGUUCCUGGCCUUUGGAGAACCGCUGGGAAUCACUCUCAUCGUCAUCUCUGCUUUUGGAGCCUUAGUCACCAUUGCUGUUGGGGUGGUGUUUCUUGUGCACAUUGGAACCCCUCUGGUGAAAGCCAACGACGCUCUGUUGAGUUUCUCUCUGCUCUUCUCGCUGGUGGUGACCUUCCUCUGCUCCAUCGUCUUCCUCGGAGAGCCGCAGCGCUGGAGCUGCAUGACCAGCCAAGUAGCCUUGGCUCUGGGCUUCGCUCUCUGCCUGUCCUCCAUCAUGGGUAAGGCGGCAGUGUUGAUGCUCAGAGCUCAGGCCCUGAAAGCAGCACGAGCCAGAGCCAAAGCAGCUGCCAAAGCCGCAAAAGCAGCAGCUGAAGAAGCAGCCAACAGCGGCAGUCCUGAUGUCAUUGUAACAAACACAACCAACAACAAUGAUGCCAGUACCUGUCCAAACCCUGAAGUUGACUCUCUCACCUGUGCCCACCAGAGGGCGAUAGCUGCCUUGGCAACAUUAAUACAGGCUAUAGCUUGCACAGUGUGGCUCAUCAUCCUCCCUCCACACCCCGUCAAGAACACCUCUGCCCAGAAUAUAAAGAUCAUUCUCGAGUGUGACGAAGGUUCAGUGGUCUUCAUCUGCUGCAUCUUCGCUUAUGACAUCCUGCUGGCUCUGCUGGCCUUCGUCUUCGCCUUCAUAGCCCGCAAACUGGAGGACCACUUCAGUGAGGCAAAGUGCGUGACCUUUGGCAUGCUGGUCUUCUUCAUCGUCUGGAUCUCCUUUGUCCCUGCUUACCUCAGCACACGGGGCAAGUUCAUGGUCGCCGUCCAGAUUUUUGCCAUCCUGGCUUCCAGCUUCGGCCUGCUGACCUGCAUCUUCCUGCCCAAGUGCUAUGUUCUCUUGAUUAAACCUGAACGCAACACCGAGGAGAUGAUGAGGCCUCGUGCCAAACCUCGGGACGGGACCUCGACCGGGACCUCAGCCUCUCUAGCUACAGCUGGAACUGAGGUCAAUUCUACGAUUGCAUCCACUGCUAUCGAUGAUUAGGAGAGAAUUAAUAAUUACUAAAAUGAGCAACGAAGUUAUAAAAACAAAAGUUUACCCAACCAGCCGAUUAGGGUUUCUAGGCUUGCAAUUAGCGUAAUUAUCAUGUUUGGUCUAUGAUUAAUAAACAACAUAUAUUACUCAGAAAAUAUCUAUAUGCGUGUUGACUGAAUGUCUGCACCGUUGCAUAUAAUAGGGAUGAUUUUAAUAAACAGUAAUCACGAGGAAAGAAAACUGCAACCUCAACAAUUACUAAAUAUUUAAAAAAUAUGACUAGAUCAAAAUAUAAAGCUGACUGAUAGGAAAAAGCAGGACAUUUGUAAACGCAAAUUAUUUAAAAUUGACAUAAUUCUGACUUUACUUGCUUCAUUAUGAUGUCUGUAGCAUAAGUUCUGCAAAAACAUAUUUUAACAAGUUCAGACUCUUUGUGUAAAUGCAGGUAUUGUUUAAAUGUGUUAGUGGAAUUAAAACUAAGGGAAAAUUUACCUCAUAUCCUGCUGCUGCACCUCUAGUUUCAAAGUGACUUCAAAUACAUCUGGCAGUUUAAAGCUACACAUGUUUAGCUUGUGUUGCUCAAACUGUGUGUAUAAAAUGAACCAUAUUAGCCUGUGAAUGUGAUACAAAUUAGUUUGGCACAGUACAUUUAAUAUUAAUAAUAAAUGUUCUUUUCAGUCACUAUAAUGUGUGUUUUUCUUUAUAAAGCAAUAAAUUAUUUUUUGUUCAA